UUUUUUUAUUUUUACUCGAAAACUAUCAAAAUCUUCUUGUUCGAUGGCGUAUGAGGGAAUCCUGUUGGGAAUGGGGAAUCCCCUUCUUGACAUUUCAGCUGUGGUGGACGAGCAGUUCCUAGAAAAAUAUGACAUCAAGUUGAACAAUGCUAUUCUUGCUGAGGACAAUCACUUGCCCAUGUAUGAAGAAAUGGCAACCAAGUAUAACGUGGAAUAUAUUGCUGGAGGUGCUACACAGAAUUCAAUUAGAGUUGCCCAGUGGAUGCUUCAAAUCCCUGGUGCAACUAGUUACAUUGGUUCCAUUGGAAAGGACAAGUUUGGAGAGGAGAUGAAGAAAAACUCAAAACUAGCUGGUGUUAAUGUGAAUUAUUACGAGGAUGACUCUGCACCAACAGGAACAUGUGCUGUUUGUGUAGAUGGUGGUGAGAGGUCACUUGUUGCUAACUUGUCAGCUGCAAAUUGUUACAAAUCUGACCACUUGAAGCAACCAGAAAUUUGGUCACUAGUGGAAAAGGCAAAAUACAUCUAUAUUGCUGGGUUUUUCCUUACUGUGUCUCCCGAGUCCAUCCAACUUGUUGCUGCACAUGCAGCUGCCAAUAACAAGGUCUUCGUAAUGAACCUUUCUGCUCCAUUCAUCUGUGAAUUUUUCAAGGAUGUGCAAGAGCAAGCUUUGCCUUAUGUGGACUAUGUUUUUGGAAAUGAGACAGAAGCAAGAACCUUCUCAAAGGUUCAUGGCUGGGAGACUGAUAAUGUUGAGGAGAUUGCUAUAAAGAUUUCCCAGUUACCCAAGGCAUCAGGAACACACAAGAGGAUUACUGUUAUCUCUCAAGGUGCAGAUCCUGUUGUAGUUGCUGAGGAUGGGAAGGUGAAACUAUUUCCUGUGAUCCUGUUACCCAAGGAGAAGCUGGUUGAUACAAAUGGAGCAGGGGAUGCAUUUGUUGGGGGAUUUUUGUCGCAGCUGGUUCUGGAGAGGCCCAUUGAAGACUGUGUUAGAGCUGGUUGCUAUGCCUCGAAUGUUAUAAUCCAAAGGUCAGGCUGCACUUAUCCGGAAAAGCCUGAUUUCAGUUAAGCUUAUUUAUGGCAAGACGCGGCACCUAUCCAUUGCAUUUGUGUUGACAGGCUGCAUUUAGUAACUCCUGAACCCCCAUGUCUGGUAAAGGAGUUUAGUUUGUUUUAAAUGUUGUAUUUGUUUGUGAUGAUCAUCCACAACAUGGAUGAGGUUAUCUGUGGGAAUUUACUAAAACAAAUGGGAUGUUUAGCAGUGAAAUGAUGAAUCUGGCCCAGUUCUGUUAUCAUGGGCAAUAAUCUAGAUUUCUUUCUGAUUUAA